ACGAGCCGUGCGAGGUGCGCCAUGUUGUGAUGACGUCUUGGACUUUUAAGGAAAAAUAAGCGAACGAAGAGGCCGAGAGAGCGAAAAGGGCAGAGCCGGAGCGGACACGUGCAGGCGGAAAUCGUGUCGGAAGUGUUGCCGCGAUGCCCAACUGCGUGGUGAAGGGGUGCAGCAGCAAUUCGACCAACCCCGACUACGACGAUUCGGGCCGUAAGGUCACAUUGCAUCAGUUCCCAACGAAGGUGACGCGUGCUGAGUGGAUCAAGAUCCUGCGCGAACGCGGCGGCCGCAGUGCGACCUGGGAGCCGAACGCCAACGCCAAGAUCUGCUCGAUGCAUUUCGACGAGUCGGACAUCGACCGGACGGGCCAGUGCGUCCGCAUCAAGGCCUACGCUGUGCCCGUCUACUUCAGUGCGCUGAAGCGCAAGUCGCGCAAGCGUCCGUCCGAGGAGCAGCCAGCGGACGCGGUACGCGUCCUUCCGCAGCAGCAACCGAGCCCUCCGACCCUGAUUCCGAUCAAGGGCGAGCAGCCGCAGCAGCAGCAGUCCAUCGCCGUCGCAGCGGCCAGUCCCCCGGCACCGCUCGUGCAGGUGCUGGUCACGCCCCCGGCCACCCCACUGCCGCCUCCCCAGCAGGCCCCCGACGCGGCCUCCGUCGCCGUAAAGAUCGUGAUGGAGAGCGCGCUGCCCAUGGUCAGUAAGGAGGUGUCCAUCACGCCGCCGACGCCAGCCCCCGCCACUACUGCCCCGAAGCAGGCGCCCUCGCGCUCCAUGCACACGCUGACCACCAAGGCCACGCUGGAGCCCAUCUCGUCACCCAUCCUCGGGUCCAUCAUGCGGGGCACCCCGCUCACCAAGAGGGAGCAGAUGCUCAACUCGCCGGCGGUCACCUCAACCCUGGUCGAGAAAUGUAUACGCCGCUCAAAAAAGUUUCAGGAGCUGGUGAGCGGGGAAAAAGACCCGUCCAUUCUGCGCGGCAUCAUAUCGAAAACGCUUAAGGACGUCAAUUUCUAUGAAGCUCUGAAGAACAACCUGAAUUGCGAGAAAGAAAGGCAGAUGAGCGAAGAACGCGAGAGAGAGCUUAGGCAGGAAAUGAUCAUGCAGGAAAUCAAGGCGCUAACUGCGACGUCAAAAUAUAUCUUCCAGCAAACGCAGAACACUUUUGAAAACUUUUUCAAGUUGGACCUUGAACUAGCUGCAAGAAAGAUAAAAUGUUUGCGGGACGAACUGAAACAGAACUGCAUGAUGUUGGACGACAAAUUCGAGCGCAUCGCACAAAUCAUCGAUGGCGAGAACCGCAAGUAUGAGCCGGUAAUGGUUGCUCCGGCGCCUAUCCUCCAGCCCGUGGUCAACAGCAUGGCGGAGAUGUACCUUACAAACGGGUAUAUGAGUGCCAACGCGCCAGGACUGACGCCGGUGGCCGCUGACAAGCUGCAACACCUGAGCCGGCCACAGGCCAUGCAGCAACAGGCGGCCGACACAGUCGAGACGGUGGCCGCCGUCGCCAGCAUUGUCGAGCCGACCCUCAUGGAAAUGGCCGCCGAGCAGGAACCUGCCAGAGAGUUCAACCCAAAAACCUAUCUUCCAAAGAAACACAAGGCGAUGUUAAAAUAUGCUGCGGCGCAAGCGCACCGGACAAGCCAGGACAAAGUCGACUUUGGUUCUACAAGCGCAAGUGACGAAGACGUGGAGGUCGCUCGGAAAAGAAUAAAGCUGGAGGAAGAAGGCAGAAAUGUGUGCCUUGCCAAGUAAGCGCCAUUGUGAUCGCACCCAAGUCCUCAGGAUUUCCAAUUCCCUCGCCUGGCUCAUUUUGCAAACGCAGUUGACCAAUCGAAUAUUUUCGCUUCUCUUUCUCAAAGAGAGGAUCGUUUGUUAUAAGAAUUUUCAUAGCGGUCAUGUUACACCACUUUCCUUAGCUCCAAAUUGCAAGUUUUAUACAUCCCGGAAAGCAAACCAUUUUUGUGCUGAACUUCUGACACAUUUUUAUUGUAUUCUCUAAUUAUCUGCCUCCAGAUCUCUUGUAAAUUUGGGCGCUUUCUUAUUUUUCCAAUUUUUGCAUCGACGAGUUUCAUCCUUUUACCUAAAGUUCAGGAUGUUUUCCCCCUCUUGAUGAGUGUUGUAUAAUUAUCCAUUUUGGUGAUAUGAUGAUUAUCGUUGUUAUCUUCAGUUGUGGAAAGCUAACCAUUGAGGCAGUAAGUUGUUUGAAUAUGAUAUAUAUCAUACCUAUAGUAAAUGUAAAAUCUACUUAUGUCAAUAGACGGGGGCAAUACAUUUUAUUAGUUCCGAGAUACGAAUGAACUUGUGUUGCUGAGAACAGAAUAAGAGUUUAUCAAAAAAAUAUAUACUAAUACAAGUAAGAAGUAAAACGAGCUUAGAUCGAGGAGUUAAAUGAUUAAAUGUGUAGCUGAACGUAAUGAGCACACAGCCCACUAUUUAUCAAACUUGAGAGAGCAUCCUGCAUCUCGACUCCCAAGCUGUUGAUUCUUGUGCCAAUUCGUUGUUCUCCAUUGUUUCACUUUUUGACGAAGAAGAUGGACAAUUCGAAUGAAGUCCUUCCUACCUGAUAUGAUUGUGAAAGUGUUACUCGAGUGAAAUCAAACCUAGUGUUUCAUGCGGAGAAAUGUGCGCUGAAAUGAGCCGUGCGUCAAUAAAAACACAAUGUCGCCAUUUUUAAAA